GCUCCUCCUCUUGUUAUGAAAGCAGAGCAGUUGGUGUGAUAAUCGGUGUCCUCCAGGGCUGCAAGGCUUUAAAAACUGAUCCACUACAGUCCACAAUGCUUCGUGUCACCACUGCCUCCCUGUGCACAUACAGCCAGCGGAUGAGGCUCCUCCUGCCUCCCUCUGCCCCGUCCUCCACACUGACGUCCCCCAACAAAAGACUGGAGAACCAGCACACCGUGGACUCCCUCUACGAGCUGUCGGUGGACAUCCGGAAGGUACGCAAGUUCAAGGGCUGGAUUCUGUCUGAGAGCUCUGCGUACGUGUCUGAGACGGCCGACCUGCUGAGGGACAUGGGCGCGGACACACCGGUGAUCGCCAGCAUCCUGGAGACCCACCCUGAAGCCGUCCUGUGUCGGCCGGAGGAUGUGGCCGCCCAGCGAGACCUUUGGGUGUCUGUGUGCCCCAACAAGCGUGAACUGAUGGGCAUCAUUGAGAAGUUCCCAGCAUCCUUCUUCACACUAACUCACCAUAGCAACCAGCGGGCCAACAUCCUUUACCUGCAGAGUCUUCGCCUUAGCAAGAGGAUCAUCGGCAAGCUGAUGGCCAGCGCCCCGCAGAGCUUCAGCCGGCCUGUGGAGCGGAACCAGGAGGUCAUCCACACUCUGAGGGAGACCUACCUGGACCUGGGCGGAGAUGAGGUCAACCUGCGCCUCUGGCUGCAGAAGCUCCUCAGCCAGAACCCGUACAUCCUCCUGCGGCCGGCUGAGGCCUGGAGGGACAGUCUGGGCUUCCUGAGGGAGCAGGGCCUCACCACGGAGGAGCUUCUCACCCUGGUCUCAAAACUCAGAGCCUCCAUGGCCGAGCUGCAGCCGGAGGCCAUGCAGCACGCUCUGGCCUACGUCGAGGAGGCUCUGGCCUGCUCCAAGGACGAACUCAAGCAAAUAGUGAUCCGCUGCCCAGCCAUUUUGUACUACUCCUUGCCCAUCCUAGUGGGCCGGUUCCAAGGACUGAUGGAUGUUGGAGUGAGCGUGGAGCAGGUGAAGGAAUCUCCAAAUGUCAUGGAGCUCACCACGCAGAUCGUGCUCUAUCGCAUCCAGAAGCUGGCGUCCUACGGGUACGACGUGCGCUCUGGAAGCCUGGACUUUAUCGUUGGGACCAAGAAGGACUUUGAGAUGAGUUACGGCAAGCUGCAGCUCAGGCAGCAGCGGCCGCUCUUCAACCCAGUAGCUCCCCUCAAGAUAGAUUGAAUGUCAGGAUGUGCUGCUGCAGUGUGCGGUUAUAUCGGGUGGGUUCGUGGGCAAAGUUUUAUGAAAUGUUGUUUUCAUGCAGAUUUUGAGAAAUGAAAUACAUUUUUGUGCAAGAUGCAUGAAGAAUAUAUAUAUUAGAUUAUAUAAUAUAUAUAUAAAAUACGUGGUCAUUUGAUUUGAUGCUCAGCCCUCUUGGGAAAAUAUGACACUGACUGUUUUCUCUAUCAUAACAAACAUAACAUUUUAUAUGAUCAAGUAUGUGAAGGAACAUACUGACAAACAUUAUAAUAGUGACGCCAAUCGAGGUCCGUUACCCUUGUUUACUACUGCAAUUAACACUGAUAAACUGAACAUGUCUAAUGAGCAAUAAAAGCCAUGUCUAAACUUUUCAAA